AUGGAAUACCAGGUGUGUGAGAGGGUGUAUGCCCCCUCGUCCCGCUUGAUGGUGCCACUUACCCGCUUCCUGAUCUCUAUAGCCUCUUUCAAAGCCGCUGUUCGCUUCACGGUGCAGCAGCUGGAGAGCGUUCGAGGCGUGGGGGUGAUUAUCUCGGCGAGGGCGAGCGGCUGCACGCACCACGUCCGGACCGGCACCUGCGAGGUGGUGGCGCUGCACCGCUGCUGCAACAAGAACAAGAUCGAGGAGCGCUCGCAGACCGUCAAGUGCUCCUGCUUCCCGGGCCAGGUGGCCGGCACCACCCGGGCCGCCCCGUCCUGCGUCGAUGCCUCCAUCGUGGAGCAGAAGUGGUGGUGUCAGAUGCACCCGUGCCUCGACGGCGAGGAAUGCAAAGUUCUUCCUGACCUGAAGGGAUGGAGCUGUGCCACGGGGAACAAGAUCAAAACGACUAAGAUUUCAGCGGACAGAGACCAGCUUUGGUAA